CUGCGCGGGCGGCGAUCCGGGCACCCCCUGGCGCAGCCGCCGGAGCUCGGGCGCAGGUCAGUGCAUCACCCCGGCGGCUUCCUCUGGGGCCCCGCCGCCCCCCUCCUGGAUCCCCGCCAAUGCCCGCGAAACGUCCCAGCGCCCCGGGCCUCUGGGGGUUCCCUUUCCGAAGUGUUGAAAGGAAACCCGGGCGCGGGCGCGGCGCAGGCCGGCCGAGCCCGUGUUCGGGGCAGGGGACGGGAGACGGCCUCGAGGCUCCGUGCCGGCCGCGCCCCCCAGCACCCCCCAACAGGGUUGGUUGUCCGCGGGGACACGGGCCGGACACGGGCGGGGACACAGUCAGGCUGGGGGGGGCUGGGAAGUGUGUCCCGGCGAACUCGGGUGGAGGGGCCGGGCCGCCACCUUCUGUCCACAGGAGCCGCAGGCCUAAGCGCAGCCCACCCGCGCCAUGGGCUCGGACGCCUGGGUCGGCCCUUGGCGGCCACACCGGCCCCGCGGCCCCAUCGCCGCGCUCUACAGCGGCCCGGGGCCCAAGUACCAGCUGCCGCCCAACACCGGCUACCUCCAGCACGACCCCUCGCGGCCGCGCGCGCCCGCCUUCACCUUCGGCGCGCGCCUCCCCGCGCCGCAGACCUCGUGCGGCCCCGGGCCCGGCCACCUGGUCCCGGCGCGCAUGACCGUGCGCGGCCCCGACGGCUCCCCCGCCUACUCCAUCCACGGCCGCCCGCAACGCGCCGCGCCCUUCCUCACGCCCGGCCCGGGCCGGUACUUCCCCGAGCGAGCGGGCCCCGCGACGUACCCCAGUGCGCCGCGCCACACCAUAGCGCCCCGAAACUGGGGCGUCCACGGGGAGCAGCAGACCCCAGGCCCGGCGACCUACUCGGUGCCCCCGCUGCUGGGCCCGCGCGUCGUCGGGAAGGCCUCGGCCCCGACUUACUCCAUCUACGGGCGCAGCACCGUGGGCAGCUUCCUGGAGGACCUGAGCAAGACCCCGGGGCCCUGCGCCUACCACGUGGUGAGCCCCGGCACCUACAAGUCGCGAGCGCCGCAGUUCACCAUGCUGGCGCGGACGUCGCUUCCCCGGGACAGCAGCCGCAAGCCGGGGCCCGCGGCCUACAACGUGGACCAGGUGGUCUGCGGGCGGGGGGCGCGGGGGCACCGGAAGCCUCGCGGCUGGACCUUCGGGAUCAGGCACUCGGACUACCUGGCCCCGAUGUUGACCGACGUGGACAAGUGACCCGCCGGGCGGGCGCGCCGCAUAAAUGUUCGC